AGCAGUUUUGUGUGGGGCAGCUCACAUUCAGUUUAGCACCCUUGCGAGACGGUUCUCGGGGAUAAUACAACGCCGACUUAUGCCUUAGUUUAAAGGCUACAUCUUAUGAAAACGGAUUUAAAUCCCAGCAACAAUUAAGACUUGACCACUCCCGUGCUCCUGAUUUUCAGAGAGUGGUUCAUAUAUUUACCUGCUGCGGAACAGACUCAAAAAUACUAAAUGUAGUCGGAAAUUUCAUCCCUCGAAAUUUCUUAUUGGUGCUCAUCUAAGCUUUAAGUUUCUUACGAGGAUCCACAAUUUAAGUCCACCCGUCCCCAGACUGACGAGGAGGAAUAACUUUGAGAAAUAUAAUUGGAUUCCGCCACUAUAAUUGCAAGGUUACACACUUUGGAGAAAAAAGAUGUCAAACACGUCGAUGAUUGAAUUUAUGAGCCAGCAAUUCCCAGCCAUGUACAAGACUUCAGCAACAACCACCACAACGACCGAAGGAGGAGCAGGUCCUGGAGGUCAGAAAGUGGUCUGCACUCCGGAAGUAAGCCUAUACCAAUAUAACAGCCCUACGGACAACGCUUCCCCGAAUAACAGCGGUUUGAGCCGGCUGGAGGACAAAGGUCAUCCUGAUCUUGGACUGCUUCCCAUAACCCCACCGGGAACCAGCAGAGCCAGCGAGCCGGGUAGUGGGGAAAGCGUCACGGGCAGCACAAGCAGCACAUCCGGUUUUCAGUGCGGAUUCUGCGGGAAGACAUUUCAGCAAAAGAACACUUUCCAGAACCACCUGAGAUCUCACCGCGAGGGAGAAGACCCCUACCAGUGCGAUAUCUGCGGGAAAACGUUUGCUGUACCAGCAAGAUUGACAAGGCAUUACAGGACGCACACGGGAGAAAAGCCCUACCAAUGUGAAUACUGCAACAAAUCUUUUUCCGUGAAAGAAAAUCUAUCCGUUCACCGCAGAAUACAUACAAAAGAACGACCGUACAAAUGCGAAGUGUGUCAAAGAGCAUUUGAGCACAGUGGAAAGCUUCAUCGUCAUAUGAGAAUUCACACGGGAGAAAGACCUCAUCGGUGCCAGAUCUGUCAGAAGACUUUCAUCCAGAGCGGUCAAUUGGUCAUUCACAUGAGAACGCACACUGGCGAAAAACCGUACGUCUGCAAAGUCUGCAACAAGGGAUUCACUUGCUCCAAACAGCUUAAGGUCCACACCCGCACCCACACAGGUGAAAAACCAUAUACCUGCGAUAUCUGCGGAAAAUCGUUCGGCUACAAUCACGUGCUGAAGUUGCAUCAGGUGGCACAUUACGGGGAGAAAGUUUACAAAUGCACAUUAUGCAAUGGGACUUUCACUUCCAAAAAGUCCCUCGAGUCGCACAUCAAAACCCACUCCGAGGGAAGCGUCCCACAAGAGCCAUCGUCUCCACCCACCAUGAUUGAGCCCACCAGCGUACCUUCCCCUUCGUCGUUGUCGCAAACACCGCAGAAUUCGGACAAGGAAAAUCGAGAAUCUUCCGACUCUGAGAUCUCUUCCCAAAACUCGCCGCACGCAGAAUCCCCCAAGACGCCACCAGCCAGUCCGAUUGUAUAUGUCGAUGUUCCUCAUCAUCUGUCGCCAGCACAGCUAAAGUCUACCUCCCAAUCAUCCAACUCCGGUAACAACAACAACAACAGUGGAAACAACAACUUCCAUAAUCACCACCAUCGCGGUAACAAUUAUAAUGGAUACAAUACCAAUAGAGAUAGCAAUUACAGUAAUAAUACUAAUAGUAAUAAGAUGAGCAGUAGCGUUAAGUUGAACCCAGCGACAAACUUACCGUACCCAAUGCUUCCUCCAGGGGUGCAAGUACACCAAAGCCCACAAUCCAGAACUACAUUUUUGUACGUCACCUCAAAACUUCCUACUCCUCUUACAAAUAAUGCAUCCUCGUCCUCCCUAUUAUCUCCUUCUUCUGGUACAAACAGUUGUCACCGUUCUUCGUCAGAGUCCCCUCCUCCAAGGCAUUUUAGCCAAAUCUCUUCAGCUAAACAACAAGCCACAAAUUUCAGCACGGCUUCUUCUAUCAGUAAUCCAGCUAAUUUUAAGGCUUUCGGAGGCUUAUUAAGCAACGGCAUGAGUAGCAUUGUAGGGAAAGCACAAAUCUGUAAUAACGAGGCACCUACUGCACAUCAUCAUCGUGACAAACUUUUCUUGGCAAAUGCGAGCAUUCGAGACAAGAAAGUACUACCUUUCCUUGAGCAGUUUGGGUACGGUCUUCCAAAAGAUAAUUUGCAAGUUAACAAUAAUUUCAAUUUUUCUCGAAAAUCCAACGACUUUGAGAAAGAAAGUCGUUCAGCUAAAAAUCUGGCUACAGUUCACCCAAUCCCUGAAAAUUUUUCAAUCAUUUCUGAAAACUUUAACAAUAACACCAGAGCAAAGGGAGACUUGUAUCGUCGAUCUCCAUCAUUUGAAGGGAGUCAAAUAAGAAAUUAUGGUGGUGGUGACCGAAGGGAUAGGUCCCCUGAGAUAAUAGAGUACAAUCCCAUCUCAAACUACACCCCAGGCGGAGUUUUGGCUUUGGCCUUAACUCGGGGCUCAAAAGCUGUCAUGCAAAGCAGUCAGUUUUCUUCCAACUUUAGACAGGCUACAACUCCCCCCAGAAGUAAUUCUCAAAGUCCCGACCUCGGACUAGACUUUUCCUCCCGAGGUUCAGGUUCUCCGACGAGAAAUAGUGUGGCCAGUCUAACUCCCACCUCCACACCCAGAUCCACUCCAGGUUUGAGUGAGUCAAACGAGGAGUUGAUGGAUGACUGUAGCCAAAGGUCGGAGGAAGAGUUGAUGAACCACAACAACCAUAAUCACAACGACAACGAUAAUGACAACAAUUCUUCCGAUGGGGACAGAGUAGGAAAGAGGAGGUCGUCUUCCUCGGGUGGGGGUCCGAGAAAGCGAUCCAGUCUCAUUUUAGAGAAAUAUGCCCAAGAAAACCCUGCCACUCCUGCUCCCAAUAAUAACAGCAACACAGAGUCCAUCCUUUCUCAGAGACUGAGACUCUCCUCGGUUAUCCAGUAUGCUGAAAAAUGUUCUUAAAUAAAAUAAACAACCCCUUCAAGUCAAAAUCGAGUAUGUAGCCUUUGCAAAAUUUCAAAUUAUGCAGAUUAGUAAUUUAACAAGAAAAAAGUAAGAACAGUUCGCCAUGUUUAUUUUUGGUUUUGAAUUAAAAAAAAUCAAUUUGAGAUGGAUAAAAUUCUAAUGAAAGACUUACAAUGAAUAGAUUUUCUAAAAAAUGCAAAAAUUUUAAGAAUUCCAAGAAGGCCUUGUUUCAACAAAAGCUAAAACAAAAAGUAAUGUAUUUAGUAGCUGUAUAAACUUGUAAUUCUUAUUGGUACCUCUCCGUAAACCAAGCGAUACCUGGUUCUUGAAACUGCGAAAGCCUAAAAUUUUUCAUAGAUGAAACUAAAAUAUUUUCCACUAUAUGAGAUGGACAAAUUUAUUUAUGGAAAGAAGAUUAGAAAAUAAUAUUUUUUAAUUCAGUGUCGUAAAUAAUUGCUACUACUUUUCACCAAAAAAGAUCAGAAAACUAAUUGUCGGGCCGUAAAAGAGUAGUAAUUACACAUACAUUUACAUACAUAUUAAUAUAUAUAUGGACAUAUAUAUAUAACUUGAUACCAUUGCCUGCUUUUUCAAAGACUGUUAAUUUAUUCAGGACUGUAGUCACUCAAUCCAUCAAUUUUCUCUUAUACAAACUAAAAUAAUAAAUAAUAAGGCUUGACUUAUCUCAGACUGCUCAAUGGUUUAUAUGCUUCGUCCUAUUUUCUCCGUUUCCAUUCAACUCUCAUUUCAAUGUCUCGCUCCGCCGUACUACUAAAAAUACAUAAACAAGUACUGUCACUAUGCAAGUAUAGAUAUCUCACUUCAAAAUUUGUGUAGGUAUAUGAAUGGUUCACCAAACGCCACUUGGUAGAUCAUGAGAAAGAUAAGAUUUAGAGUCAUCAAGGCAAUUAAAUUGAAACGAAUUUUAUCACCGGUCGUAUCAAAUAAACCAAAUUGUGUUCAAAAUUUUAAAUUUCCGAACUGAACUAUGUAUGGCUAACUUGUAGUAUCAAAGCUGAAUAACUGCAGACGCACAACGAAAGAUUGUAAAAAAUAUUAAUGUCGUAUCGUGUGGUGUGAGUGGUAGGUUCAUAAGAUCAUCAUUUCAUGUAAUUACUGUACAUUGCAAAGAUUAAACAAUAAUACAAUAAUAACACAAAAACUUUUGAGAAAUUCUAAUAAUGAUAAUUUAUUGGGUUUCAAAAUAGUUGAAAAAGGAAUUGCGUACAAUCUUAUGUAAAGUAUAUUACUACUACUGCUACUACUACAACUACUAUUAUAUUACAUUGUCAAGGAAGAUUCGGUUGAGUGGUUUCGGUUUUGUCGAUUAAUUUCAUCCUUUGUGUGUACUAGAGUUAUUAGGUAAGAUUACUGAAAAAAUCGAAAGAGAUCGAGUAUGUGCUAAUCUAUGAUACCAAAACCCCAGAAAGUUGGUCAGAAAGAAAUUUCACGACCAACACGGGAAUUUGCGACAAAGCUUUAAAAACCAAGUGUAUGAAAUGAGUGUAAUUACUUAUGAAUAAUGAUGCGAGUCUUGUUAUUGUCUUAAAAUUAAUAAGCUUUAAUUGUAUCCCAAAGAAGAAAUAAUAGCAAUUCAUAUUUAUCUAGUUUGCCGAACAAAGCUUUACAAAGUACAUAUUACAUAAUUAAUUAACGUGCCGCUAGUUUACGCAGUAAAAAAAUAUUGUAUAAUUGGUUACAAAUUUAUUCCUUGGGUAUAUGUAGACGUUAGAUAAGUAGUCUUAUCAUCAGAAUAGGUGUACAGUCAAAAAUAGAGAAAUCUAUUGUUGCAAGAAGCAUAAAAACCUCCUUUCAGUGGAUUUUUAGUUAAUUUUCAUUCUGCAUGGCUAUCCCUACAUACUUAUUACAUACAUAUUUACAUCAUCUCUGUCGGUAAUGUUAAUUAGAAAUCUAAUUAUUCAGAACUAUAAGAGUAGAGAAAAUUUAUUUUAUUUUCAAAAGAUGUCUAUCUACAAUAUUUAUUAUUUGAAAAACCGUUUUGGUCAGCUGAUUUGGAGGGUGCUGUACAGUAAUUAAAAAUGAUUAUGAUGAGUCGUAAAGUACAUAAUUUAUAGAAGUUUGUACUUGGUCUUGGUCUGCGUCAUUCAUACUCGUAUUGUCUUGUCUAUAAAAGUACAUAGGUACAUACAUAUAUUUAUUAGGUAUGGUAUGAAUAGCUUAUUAAUAAGACUUGAAGUUCUACUAGAUACUCAGGCAUUUUUAGGUAAUUUUAGCAUAUGUAUUACUUAUUAAAAUAGCGUUAAAUAAGUACAUUACAAAUAGGUUUUGUUGUUUGUUGUUACUAACUAAUUGUAAUGUUGUACAUAUUUGGUGGGUGGGGGACACAAAAAAGUCUUUUAUCGACUUCUAAAUAGAGCAAACCAAAGAGGUAACUAAGAUAUUGGACACGACAAUUCGAAAGAUUUAUAUUUAACAAUAUAGACUCAAAAAAUGAGGGCUCCAAAAUCCGAGACUUGAAAUAGGUUUAAUCACACAGAGCCCAACAGUAGAAAAAGAACGACUUUAAUUGAGAUCACAAUGUGAAAUGGAAGCAGGGGAAUGAAAAAAAAGUUUUAACUAUUCUUCACACUUUAUCAAAAUUGUAUUUGUUUUUAUCUAUUUUAUUUGUGGUUUCAUUAAUUGUUUCCUGGAAGUUUAUUAAAAUUGUGUCGUUGCCAUUUUCCUUUUAAGUAACUGUUUUUAUAUAUAAAAAAAGUCUGGUUUAAAAAAUGCAUUUUGUUGGAUUCUUUUGGGUUACAAAGUAAAAAGAGAAUCUCAUUCCGUUGUUCAAAGUCCAGAAGACCAUUGUGAUGUCUGUUCACUUCGGGUUCUUCAAAGUAAUACAUACAUUACUUUACAACUUCUGUAUAAGUAUGUAUGCAUAUUUAGUACUAAUCUUAAGCUAGGAUCACCAAUCAUUAUAUUAUUAUUAUUAUGUACAUAUUAUUAUAGAUAAUCUAAUGAUAAGUGGAGAUAUAUGUAUAUAAACACCAAAAAGUGUUCAUUCCGUACUUUGCGACAAGUGCGAUCAACUACUGAUUAUAUAUACACACACACGAAAUAUAUUACUAUGUCAUUGUAUCAUCAUUAAUUAGUUAAUCAUUUGUAUCGUUAUCCUACUUAUUCUUACUGCAACUAACUUGUAAUCAAAAGUUGUCACUUAUUUCAAUCCACCGCAAUGAAACAACAAUUUGUACAGAUAUUUAUCAUAUUGCAUACGAUUCACGUGCGUAAUUGUUUUGUUUUUAAUGUCCAACUCGUGGUUUGUUAUGAAAAUUUCAAUCAAGUUUUCAACCUGUAAUUUCUACCGGUAAUUAUUUAUUUAUUGAAGAAAUCAAUUUUAUAUCUUCAUGUUUUCACUGCUACGUUUUAUGUGUUCAUUAUACGGCAUGUCGAAUUGCCUCUAAGGUUUAAUUUUAUCUAUUUAUCGUAAAAUAUACAAAUAUGAUGUUCUCAUAAAUAAACGAAAAUAAAACUUACUCAAAUACAAAAAAAA